UGAGUCGGGCUCAGCAGCAUGCUCAGACGCCUCGGCCUCGAGCUUGCUUCAUCGAGCUUGCUGUAGGCCUAAUCACCAUCGGCCUAAAGGGUACGCUCAAUCAAUAUAAACAUUAACAAUUGGUUGAGGUCUGAGAGUGAGGCUUAUAUUACAGGCCCGUUGCAUCAUAUCCGCUGAGAGUAUAAUCAUACAUGUACCCAAUCCAAUGCCUGGGAUUGUUCUGGUGAUUGCACCACAGCCUGCCUAAAUGUCCUCAGUUAAGUUAUCUUUAGCACUGUAUAAAUGCCGAAUAAAGUUGUAGAGUGCCAGAAGACUCAUAACGUUGGACUUAAACUGUGCGAUCGUGUAGGAUGCAUACUCGCAAUACUUUAUUAUGAAGAUUCUAUUUGUGACACUUUGAAUGUUUGAUGAAGUGGUUGACAGCAUCGUCACAACCAAAGAUGUGAAUCCAGCAUAAGUUACCUGAUUUAUUGAGAUUAGAUGAAAUGUAAGGUGCCGAUCUUCUGUGGACAUUGAUAUGUCACAACUAGGUGCAUCUCUCCUGACAAAGUUGACCUGACAUUGACAACAAAAUUUGGAUUACCGAUUUGCAGAUAAGAUUCUGGUACUUGUUGGCAGUGUUGAAUAGGUGAACCAGUCUUCUUUAGCUAAGGGUGUAAACUGGAGUGUGAAGGAUGGCGACUUGUAUGAACGGUCACAAUGAAGCCAUCUUCAGUGGUGAUGAUGAAAAUCUCUUUGCACCGGACGAGGCUUCCAUGAACGGCAGCGAAGUCGAGAUGAAAAGUAUAGGAAAAACUGCCUUCGUAAGCCCUACAACUGAAGAGUAUGACAUAUUACUGGAGCAGCUGCGAGAACGUGUGAAGGAGGGACAGGGAGAGACGAUAUAUGAGCUGGGAGUUGGAGAGGCUGAUACUCCUGGCCUGAGUGAGGCAGAUAUGGAGGCCUCGGCAGCCACACUGUCAUCAAUGGCAUCUUGUCUUCACACGGAUAUCGUCAUGUUACGAGGACGCACUGUACAGGAUGGCAUUGUCAGAGAAUACUUGAUGCGUACCAAAGCUGAUGUGAAAGACUUUAUGGAAGUCAGGGUAGCGGUGGUUGGUAAUGUGGAUGCUGGAAAGAGUACAUUACUUGGCGUCCUCACCCAUGGUGAACUGGACAAUGGUCGAGGGCACGCUCGGUUACGACUCUUCCGUCACAAACAUGAAGUGGAUUCCGGCCGGACGAGCAGUGUUGGCAAUGAUAUACUGGGCUUUGAUAGUAUAGGGAAUGUAGUUAACAAGCCAGAUCAUGGCCAUUUAGACUGGACUAAGAUCUGUCAGGAGGCUUCCAAGGUCAUCACUUUCAUAGAUCUGGCAGGACAUGAGAAGUACCUGAAAACCACCGUUUUUGGAAUGACGGGACAUGCGCCCGAUUUCUCCAUGCUCAUGAUUGGAGCAAAUGCUGGUAUUGUUGGUAUGACAAAAGAGCAUCUUGGACUUGCCCUGGCCCUGAAUGUGCCUGUGUUUGUGGUUGUCACAAAGAUCGAUAUGUGUCCACCAAACGUACUCAUAGAUACCAUGAAGCUCCUGCAGAAGAUCCUCAAGUCAGCAGGGUGCAGGAAGAUACCAGUUCUUGUUCAGAAUGCUGAUGAUGUCGUGUGUUCAGCUACUAACUUCAGCUCAGAAAGAAUAUGUCCCAUAUUCCAAGUGUCCAACGUAACUGGUGAAAACCUUGAUCUCCUAAAGAAAUUCUUGAACCUCCUGUCGACACGAAUACGAUGUAACGAGAGAGAGCCAUCAGAGUUUCAGAUCGAUGACACCUUCUCUGUUCCGGGUGUUGGCACUGUGGUAUCAGGAACAGCAUUACGAGGGCUGAUCAAACUGAAUGAUAUCCUUCUACUCGGGCCUGACCCACUUGGCCAGUUCACGUCUAUAGCUGUCAAGAGUAUACACAGAAAGAGAAUGCCAGUCAAGGAAGUCAGGGGAGGUCAGACGGCUUCAUUUGCAUUGAAAAAGAUCAAGCGUAAUCAAAUCCGUAAGGGCAUGGUCAUGGUGCAUCCCUCUAUGAAACCCAGUGCAUGCUGGGAGUUCGAGGGCGAGAUUCUUGUCCUGCAUCACCCGACCACGAUGAGCGUUCGUUACCAAGCUAUGGUGCAUGUUGGAAGUGUUCGUCAGACAGCUACAAUUAUAACCAUGUCAACAGAACACCUACGAACAGGGGACAAGGCAGUAGUCAGGUUCAGAUUCAUUAAAAAUCCCGAGUAUUUACGGUCAGACAUGCGAAUGGUGUUCAGGGAAGGGCGAACAAAAGCUGUGGGAACGAUAACCAAGCUCUUCCCACAUAUAUCGGCGCAGGCACAGAACACGCGGCAACAGAGAGCAGUCAAGAAAGCACAAGAGGCAAACCAUCAGUUACGGCCACAGAAUGAGCCACAGAAACCCAGCAAAAAGAACCGACGACGAGGAGGGGGUGGUGGGAUGAACAAGACACCGUCAGCAUGUUCAACGACAUCAAACAUGUCAUCUUGUAGCUCAGAAAGUAUAAAAGAGAACUGUGGUGUGUUGGCUGCUAGUUAAACUCUCAUCAUUCACUUUGGAGUGUUGGACUGAUGUCGCUUACAAGAACUUGGACUAAACUUACUGUGGAAAUCAUGUUGUCCACUUUAUUUAUAACCGCACGUACUGAUUGGUUCAAAUGACUAUUUGUGAUUUUAACAACUCACCAAAUCUUAAUGAAAAUGUUUUUGCCUGCCAUGUUCAGUCUUUAUUUGCAUCCUAGAUCCUGAUUUUUUCCUGGUCAUUGCCAGUUUUAUUUUGAAGGACAUGGGCAUUAUUAUAGAUUGGGAUUUAAUUAGCGUAGCGUAUUUUUAUAUCUGUACUUGAUUACAGAGAUGUCAUUAAACCAUUGUUUGCCCUGA